GUAGCGGUGCGCUAGGCUAGGCACAGCCAUGGGAAGACCGAAGAAAGUCCGCACUGCCGAGGAAGAGGCUGCUUACCGAGAAGCGCGGCGCGCUGCCGACCGAGAACGGCAGCGCCGACGACGAGCGGAUCCGGCGCGGUUAGCCCAAGAAAUGGCUGCAAAGCGACGACGGCGGGCCGAAAACCCCGAGUACGUACAACGAGAGAAUGCCAGAGAACGGGAAAGGCAACGUCGGCUGCGAGAAGACCCCGAAGCGACGGAAGCCCUACGCGAACGACGACGUGCCCGUAGAUCUAUGGGAGGAAGCAAACGGCCUGCAACCGUAGAUGUCAUCAACGAACCUCAAGUGUGCAUUAAGCCUGUGUUUACAGACGUUGUCGUCAAGACUGAACCUCUGGACACUGCAGAUGAUUCGUCUGUCAGUGGCUGCUGUGACACCUGCACAACAGUAGACGGUCACGAGCACGAAUGCGACAUCUGUCACAAGAUCUUCAACACGUGCCUGCACCUCCUUCAGCAUUCCGUUGUGCACUACAAGGAGGUUCCGUUCAUGUGUUCAAAUUGCGGAGCAGUGUUUGCGCGCCGGGAAGACAAGGAGAAGCACGAGGGCACACACACCGACAAGGAGGUGCACCAGUGCGUGAGGUGCGGCAUGUUGUGCCUGAAUGAGACAAUGUUCCGGCUACACAUUCUGGAACACUAUGGCCAGCCUUCGUUCGACUGCCACUUGUGCCCUAUGGUGUUUCCGUUAGAGGAACAGCUUAUAAGUCAUUUACAAAUCCACGGCGAGGAACCAGUUCAUAGGUGCCCACAAUGUGAUGCCACAUUUAGGAGCAAAGGUUGGCUUUCAAAGCACCUUAAAUCCCACCACGCUGUUUGAAGUUACCGGUGUCAAUACUGCCCCAAGGCCUUACAGGGGCAAGCUAGUGUGGAGGAGUUCGAGAGAAUCCACACUGGUGAAUGAUCCUUCAGCUGCAGCGCAUGCAAGAAGGCAUGGCACACACUCCUUUGUAAACAUUUAUGUGAACAGAAAGCCGAUGACCUGUGAGUGUCUGACGCUUUUUUUAGAAACUCGACGUGAACCUGGUAAACUUGCAUCAUAUUGGCUUGUUGAGUCAAUAUCUAGUUUUCUUCAUUAAAUGCUAGUGGGUUGGGUGGUGAGGAGCAUCAUGGCAAGCUAAAUCUGCUUGCCUGCAAGAGAAGUGCUGACUCAUUCGGCACCGUUUUAAUUGUUUAUUAUUAUUUAUUAUUCAGACAUUCUCAUUUUGGCCCUUGCUAUGUGAGCAUAUGUUGUAAACGCUGGCAUAGCCAUGGGUGUUCAAAG